AUGCCGUUGCCACCUCAGUAUCUCAUCCUUGGUUUCAUCAUCGUUCCUGAGGAGUCUUCUUCUCCUUCGUCUUCUUCUUCUUCUUCUUCAUUGCUGGCCUCAGCCUCGUCUUCUGCGGUUGAGAAUUGGACCGGUCUUUUUGUUGUCGAACGCCGCCCUCCCCGCCAACUGUCGUCAAUACCCUUCACUCUUAGCCCUGCAAAAUCGCUUCUUGCUCUACCCUUCUCGAAUUUGAACUUGAAUUCGAGAAGUGGGUUUCUCCACCCGAAACCCGAGACGGGUCCUUCGUCAAGAAACUGCUCGUGCUUGAGUGUGAGCAGGAGAGAUGAUGAGGAUGGUACUGCCACCUCCACUGAUGUUAAAGAUGACUGGGAAGUGGAGUUUCUUGGGGAGAUUGACCCUCUGGGCUUUCAAGCCCCUAAAAAGAGGAAGAAACGGGCCAAGUCUAAGCUGCUGCGGGACACUGAUACCAUGGAGUGGUGUGUGAGGGCUAGAAAGAUUGCCCUCAAGGGGAUUGAGGCUCGGGGGCUUUCUAGUACUAUGGAAGAUUUGGUUUCCGUUAAGAAGAAGAAGAAGAAGAAGAGAAACAGCGGUAAGAAGCUCAGGAACAAGUCGAAAACCGAUAAAGAGGACGUGAUUGACAGCGAUGAAGAAUGGGACGUGGAUGUGGAUGAGGAUGUGGAAUUGGAAGACAUCGAGGAUUUGGGUAUCGAUGGUACUGAUGGCAUCGGUGACUUGAGGAAGACUGUGAGCACAAUUGCCGAUGGGAUGUUCCUGGAGAAGAAGGGGAAAACUAUGGCAGAUUUUCUCCAGAGGCUAUCUCAAUUCUCGGAGACAUCGUCGGACCGCAGGAAAGAAGUUAACUUGAACAGAGAAAUCGUGGAAGCACAGACUGCUGAAGAAGUUCUUGAGAUAACUGCUGAGAUGAUCAUGGCGGUCGGGAAAGGCUUGAGCCCUUCCCCUCUGUCCCCCUUGAACAUUGCUACUGCGCUACAUCGAAUCGCCAAGAAUAUGGAGAAAGUCUCAAUGAUGAGCAACCGCAGGUUGGCAUUCGCCCGGCAGCGGGAGAUGUCAAUGCUAGUGGGUCUUGCAAUGAUGGCCUUACCAGAAUGCUCGGCUCAAGGUAUAUCGAAUAUUUCGUGGGCAUUAUCCAAAAUUGGAGGGGAAUUGGUUUACAUUUCAGAAAUGGAUAGGAUAGCAGAGGUGGCCUUGGCCAAGGUGGGGGAGUUCAAUUCUCAGAAUGUGGCAAAUAUUGCUGGGGCUUUUGCUUCGAUGCGACAUUCUGCUUCUGAUCUCUUUUCGGAAUUGUCUAAGAGAGCAUCCGAUACCAUUCACACUUUCCGGGAGCAGGAGCUUGCUCAGCUGUUGUGGGCCUUUGCUUCUUUAAAUGAACCUGCUGAUCCUUUGCUGGAAUCUCUGGACAAUGUCUUUCAGAAAUCCAACCAAUUCAAGUGCUGCUCUCGCGAGGAAAUUGGUAAGAAUAAUGAAAUUAUCAGCAAGGGAGACAUUUCGGAUCUUGAGCUGGAUGGAGUGCUGGACUCUCCUAAGCUGAACCUAAGUAGAGAUCAGCUGGGUAACAUAGCUUGGUCCUAUGCAGUGCUUGGACAGCUGGACCAUGUAUUCUUUUCCCACAUAUGGAAAACUCUAUGCUACUUCGAGGAGCAGAGGAUCUCAGAACAAUUCAGGGAAGAUAUCAUGUUUGCUUCUCAGGUUCAUCUCGUGAAUCAAUGCUUGAAGCUGGAGUACCCACAUCUUUGUUUGUGCCUUCCUGGUGAUCUCGAGGAGAAAGUGGGUCGAGCAGGAAAAACUAAAAGGUUUAAUCAGAAAGUUACCUCAUCAUUUCAGAAAGAAGUCGCGCGUCUCCUUGUAAGCACUGGCCUUGAUUGGGUUAGAGAAUAUGUUGUUGAUGGAUACACGUUGGAUGCUGUGUUGGUUGAUAAGAAAGUAGCGUUGGAGAUUGAUGGACCAACCCAUUUCUCAAGAAAUAGUGGAGUGCCCUUGGGACAUACAAUGCUUAAGCGCCGGUAUAUUGCUGCAGCUGAUUGGAAUCUCAUUUCUUUAUCUUAUCAAGAGUGGGAGGAACUACGGGGUGAGCAUGAGCAGCUAGACUUCCUGAGGGGACUUAUGGAAGAUCAUAUAUAUCGAGCCGAAAUUCAUGCUGUGUAGACGCCUCUGCAGGCAAGACUUUCAUCAAGAGCUAUCUGAAGAAUAGGUAUGGUAGUAUUAUUGGUGCCUUGACAUUCAGGCAGAAGAUUUUGGCUCCGCUCCAUGAGACAUGAUUGGGGGGACAGGGACCGGUUUAUACCAUUUGGAGAAAUCCUGUCAACAGGCAAGGAUGAGCGGCCCACCUUAAGAAGAAUAGAAGAGAUGGCGCUUACAACAACAACUGGGUAUGUCAACCUAUUGUCUUCCAUCUGACUCUCCUCCUUUUCAGCAGAGAAGGAAGUCCUGAGAUUAGAUAAAUAGUUUCAGUUUCAUCUGCACAUGUCCGAGUGCUGUACCGAUAACUGGUCGAUGUCCCACCAUCUGCAUGGGUUGCCUAAUGGCAUAUGUGAUGCUUGCGGGACCAGAAAGGCAUCGGCAGGACGAGCCUGAAGAAUUAUCCUUUUACUAGCUGUGGGAGGGAAUGCAUGGGCUUUGGUGUCGGCCCUCCGAACCAUGCUGCAAAGGUUGCAUUGUUCUUGUGUAGCCGCUUUUUACCAGUUAAUAUGCAGACACCUACGUGCAUAUUGUAUUGAAUUGUGAUGGGGAUGGACUAGAAUUUAUCGGAUUGAUCGUGAAUGGGGAGAAAACUAACUAUCGAUUUGUUUUAUGUCGGGUUGUGGAUGAUAAUUGCUAUGUCGUUGGAUGAUUGUAUUUC